GAGCCGCACAGAGCCGCACACUGCCGCACACUGCCCGGGGAUGCGGGACUCUUCAGCUAGCACAAAGACAAGAGAAGGUGGCAGCCUGUCCUCAGAGCAGCAGGGCUUUGACUCCAAGAGUUAAAGUAUAACCCGCCCGCCUGGCACUGCUGGUGCGGCAUAAGAAGUGCCCACCACUUGGCGAGAAGUACCGAAAAGGAAAUUGGAUUCCUAUUUGACUCACUUUCAGAACGUUAAUUGGCGUCAAUUCACCUGCUUCCUCCGGACAGGGACGCACGGUGUCCAGGUGUCCGACGAGUGGACACAGCUGACCGGCCGGGUAUCCUCCACUUCACCCUGCUCCUCUCCACCAGGCUCCUCUUCCGCUCCCCUCUGACAGAUGGUGUGAAAUCGCGGAAGGCAGAGCCGGACUACCCCCUCCCUCACCAGCAGAAGGGAGGCGCACCACCACUUUGGAACUGAACUCCGACAGCCCGCCUAGCGCUGCGCUCCGGCCGGCCACAGCAGAGCAGGAUCCGCUGCCCACUGGAGGGACAUCCACCGAACAGGGGUCAGUCUGAGGGCCACAUCUGGGACAGUGCAGAGAGGUCAGCUUUGUGCGGCCAGCAGGAGCAGCAGCAGGAGGAGACGCCACCCUUCCAGCGCCGCUCUACGGGCGAUGCCAGUGUAAAUGCCAGGGCGAUGUCCCGACGAAAACAGGGGAACCCGCAGCACCUGUCCCAGAGAGAAAUAACACCGGAGAAUGAGCACCCAGAUGGCGGACUGCUCUCCGACUCUCUUUCCCUCCACCCCCUCGGCCUGCCCUCUCACCCACUUGGCCUACCCCCACACCCGUUGGACCCCUGUCUGGUCCACGCCCUGCCCCCCGGCCUCCACGCCGACCACGACCUGCUGACCUGCGGCCAGUGCCAGGUGACCUUCCCGCUGGGCGACAUCCUCCUCUUCAUCGAACACAAGAAGAAGCAAUGCCAGACGCCGCUGCUACUCAACGGCUGUUACGAGAAGAUGAACGACCGGGGGGGACGAGGGGGCAGUCCAUCUCUGCAGAGCCUCCAUCACCAGGCACAGCGCGGGGAGCUGAGGAAGGUGCUGGACCCGGUGGAGAUUGGCAUCCAGGUGACACCAGAGGAGGAGGAGGUUGGGAGAGGUGAGAGACGAGAGAGGACGCCCAUCAAAGGAAUUUGCCCCAAGCAGGAGCACACCCCUACAGGUGGCAGGGAUGAGCCUUCGAGCUAUAUAUGUACCACAUGUAAGCAGCCCUUCCCCAGCGCCUGGUUCCUGCUGCAGCAUGCCCAGAAUACCCACGGCAUUCGGAUAUACCUGGAGUCCAACCCCUCCAACACUGCCCUCACCCCACGCCUCACUAUGCCUCCACCCAUGGGCAACGACUCCAUCCCACAGUCCCCCCUCACCAACUUUCUCGGGGACAACAACCCCUUUCACCUAUUGAGGAUGACGGGCCCCCUGCUCCGGGAGCCUCCCCCAGGCUUUAUGGAGAGCCGGCUUCCCAACACACCUCCAUUCAUCAGCCCGCCUCCCCGCCACCACCUGGACCCCCAUCGACUGGAACGCCUUAGCGCAGAGGAAAUGGGCCUCAUAUCACAGCACCCCAGUGCCUUUGAAAGGGUGAUGCGGCUCACGCCCAUGGCCAUUGAGUCCCGGUCCAUGGACUUCUCCAGGCGGUUACGUGAGUUGGCAGGGAACAACAACAGCACUCCACCUCUGUCACCCAGCAGGUCCAACCCUAUGCACCGACUGCUAAACCCCAAUCCCUUCCAACCUGGGCCAAAAUCACCUUUUCUGCGCACCCCUCCCUUACCGCCAAUGCCCCCAAACAGUACCACCCCUCCCCAGACACAAAACAAAGCCAAGUCCUGUGAGUUCUGCGGUAAGACCUUCAAGUUCCAGAGCAACUUGGUGGUGCAUCGGCGCAGCCAUACUGGAGAAAAACCAUACAAGUGCCAGUUGUGUGACCACGCCUGCUCUCAGGCAAGCAAGCUGAAGCGCCACAUGAAGACCCACAUGCACAAGGCUGGAUCCCUGACAGGGCGCUCCGAUGAUGGACUGUCCACCACAAGCUCCCCAGAGCCCGGCACCAGUGAUGUCACAGGUGAGGGCAUGAAGAACCGUGAUGGGGACUUCCAGGGGGAAGGCAAUGAGGAGGAAGAAGAGGAGGAGGAAGAAGAGGAACUUGAGAAUGAGAGUCGACCAGAGUCCAACUUCAGCAUGGAGUCUGGGUUUUACAGGAACAGGGAGAACGGCUCUAAACUGCCCUCAGAGGACAAGCCAUCACUCAACCUUGACAAAAUGGUGGAAGGUGGGGGUCUAAACUCUAUUCAGCAGUACAAUAAUUUAAUAGUUGACAAUCGUAAAAGGAUGCCAUUCUCCAAGAGGGGCUCCGAUGGCCUGAGGGACACAGGGGAUGAAGACUCAGUGGCUGGGGAGAUAGACCACCACCACCAGCAGGAAGAGAGGACAACCAUUAAUGGCCGGAACUGUGGUUCCGGUGACUCUUUCUCAGGCCUGUUUCCCGGUAAGCCCACCCCUAUCACCAGCCCAUGCCUGUCCAACUCCUCAAAUAAGAGGAUCAAGAUUGAGAAGGACUUGGAUAUUCCCCCAGCACCCCAUAUUCCCUCCGAGAAUGUGUACUCCCAGUGGUUGGUGGGUUAUGCUGCCUCACGCCACUUCAUCAAAGACCCUUUCCUUGGUUUCACUGACUCCAGACAAUCACCCUUCGCGACGUCCUCUGAGCACUCGUCCGAGAACGGCAGCUUGCGGUUUUCCACGCCUCCGGGUGACCUGCUGGAUGGAGGCCUUUCAGGACGCAGUGGCACCGCCAGUGGAGGCAGCACGCCUCAUCUGGGUGGAGGUCCAGGCAGGCCUGGCUCCAAGGAUAGCAGGAGGUGCGAUACCUGCGAGUACUGCGGCAAGGUAUUCAAGAACUGUAGCAACCUGACGGUGCACCGGCGCAGUCACACAGGCGAGAGGCCCUACAAGUGUGAGCUGUGCAACUAUGCCUGUGCCCAGAGCUCCAAGCUCACACGCCACAUGAAGACACACGGCCAGCAUGGGAAAGAUGUCUACCGCUGUGACAUUUGCCAAAUGCCCUUCAGCGUGUACAGCACUCUUGAAAAACAUAUGAAAAAGUGGCAUGGAGAACACUUGUUGACAAAUGAGGUCAAAAUUGAACAAACCGAGAGGACCUAAAUUGGGUUCUCUCUUUCCAGACUUUGCGCCACACUUUGACUGAAAAAUACAAACAAAAAGGAGUAGCUGGAUACCCUUUUUCUGAAAUUAAUUUUGGGUCAAUUUUGUGUUUUUAAGAAACUGCCAAAUGAGAAAACAGAGAUGUUAACACCACUUAAGGCUGUCUAAACUGCCUCAUUUGAGUUUCCUUUUUAAACAAUCAGUCAGUUGAGUUAUAAUAUAUGUGGAGCCUUUAACUGUGCAAUAAUUUCUGUAUUUAUUCAAUUUUGUAUUUUGGCAUGUGCAGGUACAUUAUUAUUUUGGCUUUUUAUAUAUAUUUGUUUUACUUGAUUUAGCAGUUCUCUGUUUUUUAAAACCCCAUGUUAUCCUGAGAGUUUUUUAGAAGACAAAGGUCCAUUUUUCUUUUUUUGGCCGCUGCUUGUAGUAAAUUGUAUAUUAAGCUAAAAGUGGGAUUUCUUGAAGAGAAGUUGAAUUCAAUCUUCAAUUUGAAAGUGGCAUUAACUGAGAAUGCUAGAAUUAGUCUAUUUUGUGUGAUGAUGAUACGCGGACAACAAUCCUUGUAGCAUGAACUGAAUCUAAAACAUGUCAAUAUAAUUGGAUAUGUAGCACUGAGUGUCAUAUUUGACAGUAAAUCUAAAAAUCAAAGAGGAUCCCAAGGAUCCUCCUGAGAACAGAACUACCAGCCAGAGGAAACACAUCUGGAUAAGGCAGCUGCUGAUUGGUACGUGGUACCAAGCCCCAACAACGCUACGACAACCAACCCUCAUAUCUUCUGCUUCCCAGCCCCUCCAUCUUACCUACAUUCAUACAUCCAUUCACUAUACUUUGCAUCAAGCCAUAUGAUACAGGCUACUAUUUAUAUAGAAUAAACUGAGCAUGAAGCCAUGCAAUACGAGUAUGCAUCAAGAUAGAUAAAAGACAAGAGCACAGGGACAUCUCAGGGUGAGCUUUACUACCUUUCUGAUUUACCCAAUAUCUGUCAGCAUUUCCAUUUCAUCAUAUGUUGGAAUUAGGAAACAUUCCUUCCUAUACAGUAUCCCUUGAUGCCCCUUGCAGACCCCCCCCCCCCCCACACACACACACACACACCAGGCUAAUGCCCAGAAUUUGUCCUCAAUUUAAAAUGGUUAGACUCAUUUAUAUUUGUGACAGCCUGUAAAUAUAACUUGAAUUAGUUUAGUGAGGCUUACAUGUGUGUGCAUACAUGGCAGACUCUUAGAAAAUUGAAUUCUCAGAUUUAAUUGUUAAGAUUAUAGAAAUCAACACCCCUAUGCAUUUUGUGCUCAAAUGUCUCUCAUGACAUUUUUUUUAAAAAGAGGAGUAAAUGUUCACUUGUAUCGUCAUAGUGAUUCUAUAAAUGUGUAAUCUGAUUACUGAAGUCAUCAUGUGGUAAAGGAAUCCACCAAAAAUAGCAAUCUUCAAAGGUUUUACCUUAGGUUUAAAAGAAGAAAUUAUAUAUCAAUGUGCGCUGAGGCUGUAAGACUAACGGAAGACAUCAGUUCGCUCACUGCCCUGUGUUUAAAUAUCAUGGCCCCAUCCACCUUCAUCGCUUUUUUACAUUUUAAAUUUUACUCUUAUUUAAAUGCUAUCAAUUCAUGAGUCUAGAGUUCUUAACAACUGAUCUGCACUUUAUAAUUUCCCCGUCCGACACACAGAGAGCUGGACAGAAAGGUACUGAAGGGUCGAGGGCUUUGGAGUCUGCUGAUGCUGAAGUGGCCAGGGUUUUAGGCAAGGCUUUUCCAAUACUGGCACUAUAAAAAAAAAAGGAAAUAUAAUUCAUUUGGGACAGUUUUUGUAAUGCCAUUCAAUUUGACAUGAGUGUGCCUUGAAUAAUGAUCUUCCUAUUUAUUGUCUCAGACAAAUGCAACACUUUUUAUGAAGCAUCAAAUUGAAAAACAAAAAAUGUGAACUUUAACUUGUAGUUUGACAUUUCCACGGAAAUAUAAAUGAAAUAAUGCUGAGUUCAGGCUUAGGAGUAGCCAGCACAAUAUCAGUGUAUCUGUGUGUGUAUAUAUGUAUGCAUAUGUACAUAUAAAGGCACAAACCUAUAUAUAGAUAUUUAUCAAAUUCCUCACUCAUUAGGACAACAGUCGGUCCAACAACAGAAAAUUCCAGGAGUGGACAAAAGCCACACAAAAGUCAAGGAAUGGACUCAACAAAAAUCAGGAAAUGCAGAAACUACAAAAAAAAAAGAAGAAUUUAGUGCACUCUGUCUUAAAAUAAGUUUACAGUAUUGAAACAAGUACAAGGGUAAAAUAAUAUUUGUGUGUAUGUGUGUUUUAAACAAACAAGUAUUUUUUUUCCCAGUUUUGCUUAUGAGGUUUCUCUGAAUGCCGUAGUGGCGAUGUGUAUAUUGUUUUAUUUAAAAAAAAAUUGUUUUGGGUGACGGGGUUUUAGUAUAUAUAUAAAUACAUAUGAAUAUAUAUUACAUUUUUCUUGUUUACUGUAAAAGUAUACCAGUAUUUGUAAUAUUGGAGAAUGCCUGGGCAUUUUACAAAAAUAGAAAAAAGGUUGUUUUUCUUUUUCUUUUGCAGUCCAAUUUAAAUUGUGGGUCUCUUAAAAUGUUUUUGUCACUGUAAUUGUAAAAGUCUUAAGUUUUAGUAACUUUUAUUCUGCCUUGGGUGUAAUGAAAUAAAAAAUAAACACAUUUAAAAAUGACUUGGAUUUGGUGGUGGGAUGGCUGUUGGGGGACUGGUUUUCUACCUUAGAAUGUCAGAACGUUUGUUCAGCUUUCCAGAAAAAACACGCUGAGAAUCCUGACUGUAUCUAGUUUUCUUCUUCUUGAAUGGAGUAUUAUUCAUGGAUGGUUUGAAAUACAAUUGUAGGCACUUGCUGUCUUUCCUAAGGAGCUUUCUUUUUUUUACUUGAAGGCUAUGUGCAUCCUGUUGUGAAUAGAGUACCUCGCCAUGUCUGCUCUUAUAUCUGGUGCAGUGGAGCGUGACUUCCUGCCAAUGAAAAGAUAAAACUCACAGGCUGCCACCAGCUGUCUCUCUCUCUGGCAGUGAAAGUGUCUGAUGAAUUUGUUCUUGUAAUAAAUCGUACUGAAUCACAUUGUACAGUAAGCGAUCGAAAGGUUGUUUGACAGCCUUAAAGUAACACAAACACAGCCAAUGUUCUGUUUAGCGCUCCAUUAUUUGUACAUAGUUUUCUAUGACGCUGUUAGACUUUUUUCUCCUAUUAAUUUUUUUGUGAUCUGCAACUGGCACUGGCGGUGACUUCCUGUUUCUGAAGGGGGGGUGGCGGUGUGUUAUUCUGUUUGAACUUUGUGACCUUCAUGUCAGUUUUCAGGCACAUGCCUCCCCCAUUGAUAUUCCUCGCAUUGAGAACAGAGCACAAAUACAAGCUGUUACAAUUAUUCAUCCUCUCA